AAACAUUAAUCACCUACCUUUCUUCUUCCUUUGUUGCGGUUCGUCUCAUCAUCAUCGUCCACCGACUCUUCUCUCUCUCUUCGCACAAAAAAGAUUAUUGAAUUAAAUUAAACUAAGCUAAAAGUUGCAAAUUAUAAAUUCAUGGCAAUCAUAGCGCCGCUUAGAUGAGAUUCUAUAAUUCCGAGGAAUCACUGGUUAGGGUCUACAAUCCCUGAAUUCCGCCAUUAACGGCACCCCAGCACGUCAUGCAUUCAUUGAAAGGAAAAGUUGCAGACAAGCUCUCUUUUCUUUUCGCCAAAUCUCCGUCUUCAUCGUCUCAUUCCACUAGUGAUUCUCCUGUUGUUCAAGCCGGACCUCAGGCCAGGCCAGGCCACAAAUCUAGCAAGCGUUGGUAUGAUGCCAAACCACUAAGAUCACUUGCGGCAAAAUGGAGAAGCAAGAGUUUUUCCCGGAAAGAUAAGCCUCUGGAUUGCAAUGGUGAAUACGGACCUGUAUCCGAGAGUAAAGAAAUGCCAAAAGCUUGUGAAGAAGACAAAGGCCAUGCCUCAGAAAGAGACAUCAAUGGCUCUCAUAAUUAUGAAGAAACUACUAUCUCACAUGCUUCUGUAGACCCUGUUCCCAAUCUAAUGGAUAGUUCUUCAUUCAUAACUGCUGACCUUUACGAAUUUCUUGAGGCAUGUCUUCCUAAUAUAGUGAAAGGAUGCCAAUGGGCCCUCUUGUAUAGUACGUCAAAACAUGGAAUAUCACUUCGUACUCUUCUUCGUAAGAGUGCUGAUCUUUCUGGUCCUUGUCUUCUGAUUGUUGGAGAUAUGCAAGGUGCUGUAUUUGGUGGGCUUCUACAAUGCCCUUUAACACCAACUGCUAAAAGAAAAUAUCAAGGGACAAACCAAACAUUUGUAUUCACUACUAUAUAUGGGCAGCCAAGGCUUUUUAGGGCAACUGGUGCAAAUCGGUAUUUCUACCUGUGUUUGAAUGACCUAUUGGCCCUUGGUGGGGGUGGAAACUUUGCUUUAUGUCUGGAUGAAGAUCUGUUACAUGGAACAAGUGGACCUUGUGAAACCUUUGGGAACUUGUGCUUAGCACAUAGCCCAGAAUUUGAAUUGAAGAACGUUGAGUUAUGGGGAUUCAGACAUUCAUCAAAAUACCUUAAACAUGGGUAAAGGCUGAUGAGGUGGUUCACAUAUUUGUCAUAUUACCUAAGCAGAGUAUGCUCAUCUGUAUUCUCCUGGCAUUUAUUGUGCCGUAUUCUUUAUUCUUUCCUGUUCUUGUUUUUCCUUUCUUGGAGUAUGAGGGCUUGGGUAUAUCUAUCAGAAGAUGUACAAGUAAAUAAGAAAAGCAUGAAAUAGAAUUGUAAUGUUUAGCAUCAUUUUCUUGGCAUAACAGAUCUAUAUUUGAUCAGUGUGGUAGCAAAUUGAAUCAUUGGUAAGCAGUGAGUUGAGUAUUUUGGGUCUUGUAUUGACACUUCUAUUGAACCAAGUGCAUCUGCUACCGUAAAAGAGCAGGCUAGUGCCAUUAACAAUCUCUCAAAGGCAUUGACAACCUUCAUUACA